AUGUCUUCACUCUCGGCAUCCUCUACUCCGCGUCAGCGCAUCCGGGACCUAUUGCCGACUUUGUAUCUGGGUCGUUACCAACCUGGCCCGAAGAACAGCUUGACAGAUGUCCCUGGUGUGCUUGUGCACACGGAGUCCAUCCAUUCAUCGCCUGCUUACCCCAAUGCACCACCGAACGACAUCAAUACAGGUGUUACAACCAUUGUCCCACGUAAGGACUGGUUCCACAAAGCUUGUUUUGCGGGUAUAUUUCGCUUCAAUGGCUCUGGAGAGAUGACCGGGGCGCACCUGAUCGAGGAGAUGGGUCUCUUGUUUUCUCCAAUCAUCAUUACGGGGAGCUUCGGCGUUGGCUCAGCAUACAACGGCAUCUACGAGUAUGCUAUCCGCGAAAAUUGCGACAAAAACGGCAAGGUCGAUUGGUUCCUCCUGCCUGUUGUUGCAGAGACCUUUGAUGGUUUCUUGCACGAUGUGUCCAAGUUUGCCGUGACACCGAAGCACGUCGUAGAUGGCAUAGAUAAGGCGAGCAGCGAGCCUGUAAAAGAAGGCAACACGGGAGGUGGCACAGGCAUGAUCUGCCACUACUUCAAAGGAGGGACAGGGUCUAGCUCUCGUGUGGUGCCUGGUGAAGAUGGCAAGAGCUAUACCGUUGCUGCGCUUGUCCAAGCAAACUACGGCAAGAUGUGGGAUUUCAAGAUUGGAGGUGCGCCCGUCGGGAGACUCAUCUACGAAGAGCAGAAGCGCAAGAUUGAAGAGAACCCUGACGACCCAGAGUUACUAGCGCAAGCCAACUUGCUGUUCAAAGUGAAGAAAGAGAAGGACAAGAAAGACGGGUCUAUCAUCAUAGUUCUUGCCACAGACGCCCCGCUUCACCCGCAACAACUGCAACGACUGGCCAAACGUGCGACUGUCGGACUAUCUCGUGUAGGCGGUUAUGGUACAAACUCCUCGGGCGAUGUAUUCCUCGCUUUCUCUACAGCCAACGAGCUGAACGUUCAGACGGUCACGGCUGGGCAAGCAUCUGUCGAUCCGUACAAAGCGAGAGAAGUGCCAGUGAAAAUGACCGAUGAUCAGACUAUCAAUGCCUUAUUCGAGGCGAGUGCUGAUGCGGUUGAAGAGGCCAUAUACAACGUGGUCUGUAUGGCGGAGACGAUGGAAGGCAACGGAAAUAAGAUCGAAGGGUUAAAUCUAAGUCGAGUGAAGGAAUUGAUGCAGAAGUAUCUGUAG